AUGACAGAGGACCACAUCUUGUACUUCCCCAAAUAUGGGCGUCUGUGGACGGGGCCGCCCUCCCUGGGAGGGGCGUCUCCUGGCAAAGCUGAGGUGCUGGCGUUUCAGGGGGAGUGGUUCGUGCUGGGCCUGGCAGGCAGCACCCACAGCCCGGCGGACAGGCCCCUGCUGAGCCCUUUCACCGCGACGUUCGAGAAAAAUAAAACGAAGCAGCUUGAGGUGACCUAUGCCAUGAUGCGGGGCCAGCGCUGCGUCACCUGGUCCUAUGUGCUGAUUCCCACAGCCCAGCCUGGCGUGUUCUCAGGGGCGCUGGCCGGGGGCCCCCUGACCGGGCUGUGCCCCCCAGAGCUCGGGACCGACACCGAGGAGGUGUGGGUGCACGAAACGAACUACAGCACCUUCGCCCUGACGAGCUCCCGCAGGCGGUCGGUCCACCGGAGCAUCCUCAGGGUCCACCUGCUGUGUGAGCCCCUCCCGUCCCCUAGCCUCCCCGCUGCUGCUCAGCGGCAUCGGAACAUUCACACGGUGUGUGCGGCAGCCUCUCCAGAAAUUUCCCUGUGA